CGCGUCUGAAAAUUAGUUCGAUUACAACGGUCGUGAGGUGUGCAUCAACAUGGAUUUUAGCAACAAAGUUGUUCUUGUGACUGGUGGUAGUUCCGGCAUUGGAGCUGCCAUAGCAAUUAAAUUUGCAGCUCAUGGCGCACAAGUUGCAAUUGUUGGAAGAAACAAGGUAAAACUUCAAAAUGUGUCUGAAGAAUGUUCACGCAAUGGCAGCAAACCCCUGGUGAUUGUAGCAGAUGUGAGCAAUGACGUAGAUGUCAAGAGGAUUGUGACCGAAACAAUCGCACAUUUUGGUACACUUCAUGUUUUAAUUAACAACGCAGGAAUAGGUGGAUCUGCGAGUAUUCUAUCAAGUGAUACUGUUCAGAUGUUCGAUCGAGUUAUGGCGACUAAUGUGCGUUCGGUUGUUCAUCUCACUCACCUUGCUGCACCUCACCUAAUUGAAACGAAAGGCAACAUAAUUAAUAUAUCUAGUAUAGCUUCUUUGAAAACGGUAUCUAAAGAAGGUUUUGCAUACUCCGCCUCGAAGGCAUGUUUGGAUCAUUUUUCAAGAUGCAUAGCUUUAGAAUUGGCUUCUAAGGGAGUUCGUGUCAAUACUGUCAACCCCGGGCCUGUUAAAAGUGAUAUAAUUGCAAAUAUGGGAGUACCUGAGGUGGCUCAAAAAUUUAUUUGGGAAAAGAUGCAGAAAGUAACGGCUCUUGAUCGUAUAUCCGAACCGGAGGAAGUCGCUGAUCUUGUGUUGUUCUUGGCAAGUGAUAAAGCCAGAAGUAUUACCGGCAGCACGUAUGUAACUGACAACGGCGCAUGUUUGAAUGGAAUUAUGGAAUAACUUUAAUGAUUAUACUAAAUGUAGAGAUUAGUACUGUGUUAACGGCGUAGUAGACUUGUAACACCCUUCAUUAUAGUAAACAUUAUAGAGAUGUACCUUACUGUAAAUUUGUAAUUUUAAACCACGAUGUGUAAAGAAGAAUAAAUGGUUUGAAUGUUAA